AUGUGGUACUGCAUUCACUUCUGGAUGGUUGUGCUGCUUGCUACUGACUUACUUCUUGCCUGGAAUCCCAUUUGUUUGGGGUUGGUAGAAGGUGUUAUUGGGAAGAUUCAACUUCAUUCAGAUCUCCCGUGGUGGCUUAUUCUAAUUCGGCAGAAGGCGGUGGUGGGCAGACUUCCAGGGGACCAUGAGGUCUGUAAAGUUACCAAGAUUGCGGUGCUGUCGCUUUCUGAAAUGGAGCCUCAGGAGCUUGAGCUGGAGCUCUGUAAGAAGCAUCACUUUGGAAUUAACAAACCAGAGAAGAUCGUACCAUCUCCUGAUGACUCAAAGUUUCUGCUGAAGACCUUUACGCAUAUUAAGUCCAAUGUGUCUGCGCCUAAUAAAAAGAAAGUUAAGGAAAGUAAAGAAAAGGAGAAGUUGGAAAGGAGAUUGCUUGAGGAGCUGCUGAAGAUGUUCAUGGACUCGGAAUCCUUUUACUACAGCUUGACCUAUGACCUGACCAAUUCAGUGCAGAGACAGAGCGCCGUGGAGAAGGACGGCCGUCCCCUCUGGCAGAAGGUACUGAUGUCGCUCAGAGCAGGAUCCCGGCCGUACAGUGUGUGGGCCAGUCUGGCCUUCGUUAUCAUUAACUUGGUAGACCAGGCAGGAAGAGAGAAGAUUAUCGGAGAUGCUUACCUGAAGCAGGUGUUGCUCUUUAACAACUCGCACCUCACUUACGUGUCGUUUGACUUCCACGAGCACUGUUCCUAUCCUCCUUUUCGAGAGAAUGUUGGUCUUCCCCGGGCAGGUAGCCUUGAACAGGGAGAGGGUGUCGAUGGCCGGGUGGAGGAGAGUAAAAUGCUCUCUGACUUCGAGAGCGUCUUUGAGGGCCUGAAAAAACUCGGCGUGAUGCCCCCAGAGCAGCCACUGCCAGUGAAGUGCAAUCGAAUUUACCAGAUCAUGUGGGCCAACAACGGUGACUCCAUUAGCAGACAGUACGCUGGGACAGCCGCCCUCAAGGGUGAUUUUACAAGGACGGGAGAAAGGAAGCUAGCAGGUGUGAUGAAAGAUGGAGUAAACUCGGCAAAUAGAUACUACCUGAACCGAUUUAAGGAUGCGUAUAGGCAAGCCGUCAUAGAUCUGAUGCAAGGCAUUCCUGUCACAGAAGACCUUUACUCCAUAUUUACCAAGGAGAAGGAGCAUGAAGCUUUGCAUAAGGAAAAUCAGAGAAGCCACCAGGAGCUAAUCAGCCAGCUUCUACAGAGUUACAUGAAGUUACUGCUGCCUGAUGACGAGAAGUUCCAUGGGGGCUGGGCCCUCAUUGACUGUGAUCCCAGUGUGCAGGAUGCGUAUGGUGGGCCGCGCAUGCGCAUUGGCCGCCGGCCGUGGCCGGAAGUGGGCGGCCGGAAGCCAGCCGUGUCCCCUGGGCGUGACUUGGCGCUGCCGCGUCGCAUCGCAGUUGCUGCAUUCACUGCAUUAGCUGCAGGCGUGAGGCAGGGUGCGGGCGGCUUCCUGACUGAGCUUCGACGCAUCGACGGACGGACCUACGGACAGCCUGACAAGAUGCCACGCUCCCACAGGCCUCCGCCUGCGGCUCCGCGCCCCGCCGAGCCCAAGUCUGACGGCGUGCUGGCGAUGACUUUCAAGAUAUUCCUCCUUUUUGCGGGACUUAUGGUCAAAGUUCCUGUGGGGCUAUAUUUUUCCUGUAAAUUACUCCUUUUCCAAAGUCUCAUGUUAAUGUCCCCUGAAGAGAGCGCCUUUUACGCGACCAUCGUCGCAGUGGUGGGGCUUCAUGUGGUGCUGGCCAUCUUCGUCUUCAUAGUGUGGAAGGAAGGCUUGCCCCAGUGGCGGGAAAACAAAAACCAGUAG